CGUAACCAAUUUACUAUCAGACAUUAUCGUUUCCUAGUUUUACACUUUUAGAUUUGUUUUGAUGUGUUUAGGUAAUAAAAUAAUUUUAGCUAGUGUAAUUAACUAGCUACUGCGUCGAAUGUCAACACGACCGUAACUUAAAUUAACAACGAUGAAUCCACUCAGAAGAUUUGACAGGAUGCCAGGUUCGGUUCAGGGUUCACAUGUGGAUGACCAUGACCCGGCCAUUACUGAAGCUCUUGAGCAGUUUUGUAGCGCCCCCGAGCAAACGUACGAGCAGUUCCUGUCCACCUUCACUUACCUGACCCCAGAGAACGUGAAGGAUCCGCGUUUGACUGACCCCAGAAGACACUCGCCCCACAGUGAGAUAGACAGCCGAGAGGAACAGCGAGAAGAUGGAGUGUCAGCGAUAGAGGAGAACACGCUCCACAGCCGCCACUCAGUGACUGCUGAUCUAGAAGAGGUUGUGCUGGAUGCCGGUUGUGUGGGAGGAAGACUGGGUGGUGUCGGCAGGCCCAAUCCAGACAGACCUGUGAAGUUUGAUAAUUAUUUGGAAGACUCAGAGGAUGAAGAAGAAACCUCCCAUGCCACAGACAGGUGCACUGUCCAGUGAGGUCCGAGAAGCGAUAACGGCAUCUUCUUCAUCUCAGUGUCAUCACAUGCUGCUGGAGAUGUCAUCUACUUUCACAGAGCAGAAAACACAAACUGAGAAUCAGAAUGAACGCCUUUCCAUCUGAAUGAGAACUUUGAUUACGACACCGUCGUGCUGGCUCGCAAAUAUUCCAUCCAAGAACAGAACGGCAGACCAUCUUGAGACGUAAUUGCUCAUGGCGAGACUUGCGAAAGCUACAUCUAACAGCUCUGGUUUUACAGAGUAAAAUCCUUGUCAAGAGGGUCGGAGGUGUUUUUUAUUUUGGCACUGAAUGAAGGAGGAGUGUAAUUCAGGAGUUUAUUGUGGAUGUCAAUGUGUGAAGCACCAGUUUCUAGUGUGGUCUGAUCAGCCUUGAGAGACUAUUUUGCUCAAUAAAGCCAAAUGAAUUGCAUCUGAUCCAGUUUCACCUCUAUGCAAAAAGAUUAAUGGGACCGCUUUUAUUUUGUCCAUUGGGGAUUGAUUGUAUUGUAAGAAAUGACAAUCUUUAUAUUGAUUUUUAUUAUCAUAGGCAGUUGGAGAGGAGGGAUUCAAGUUGAAAAGUGUGCUCAUCAAGUUUCAUUCCCAGGGAGCACACAUAUUGAUAAAAUGUAUACCCUUGUAUACCCUUUGGAUAAAGCAUUGGCCAAAUUCAUAAAUAUAAAAGUCAUUUCAAAGGCACAGAAAAAUAUAUUGUUUUGUUAAAGAUCAACUUCAACAUUUUUUAAAUCUGAAUAACUUGCAUUGACUAAUUGUCCAAGAAACUGUAUUUAGAAAUGAAACGGGUCAAUUUUAAUGUUGUGUAAAAGCACACACUUAUGCUGAGUUUAAUAUGCGUAUUAUAAACGGACCAAAUGAUGCGUAUUUGUGUGGGAGUCCAAAUCAAAUCUCAUUAUAAUUGUUGCUAUUUUUCAACUAGCUAGGCUCAAGUGCUUUCAUUUUCUGACUCAACGGCUCAUGUAGGAGACCUGUGGUGUAACUCUUUCCCUGAACUUUUGACAAACUUCGGAAAGUAAUUAAUUUCCCAUUGCUUCAGUUCUCGCUGUGUUUUAUUCACGGGAACAAAUCGUUUCAGGGAACAACCUCAUCGCGUCAAUAAAAGCUCAAAACAUGUUGGUCUUUGAGAAGAAUCCGUCCCGGUUUUCUUCACUCGAUCAUUUAUUUUGAUAUUUCAGAGAAUGUCCGAAUGUAGCGCGAAAGAACGUUCUAGUUGUUUCCCAUUGUGCAUUCUCUCGUUUCCACCACGACACUUUGUACCUUGUAGCCAGGAGUUUCUGACGCGUCGAGAAAUAGAUCUCUUCCACACAUUUACCUGUUCUAAAAUACCAAGUGAAAGUGCAUAUUUAAAAUGUCCUUUGUCUCGGCGGUCAUGCAUUUUUAAUAUCUGCUUCUGUCGUGGUCGAAGUAAUUGGUGGACGGGGGGUUGAAACAAGUCACAGAAGAGCUUAGAAUUUUCAGGAAACUGCGAGAGGGCUGUUACUGUUUUAAGGUGAUUGUGGAAAUAUAUAGCCGACACAGGGGCUUGAAUUAAUACCACUGCAAUUUAAAGCUGUUACGGAGGCGUUUAUGCUUUUAGGGGAAAUAACUAAAGUUCAGGCUCGUGCUAUUCUCGGCAUAUAGAUUUUCACAGAAGUGUAUAAAGUGCAAGAAGACAUCUUUAUUCAUCUGUGUCUAUUUACAUUAAUAUCUUUCCAAAUCUACGUAUAUGCUGUUUUUUUCUUUUUUGUUAAACACAAAGACUCUUAAAGGAAUCUGAAAGUUCACCAUAAAAAUGAAAAUUCUGUCAUUUACUCACCCUGUUGUUGUUUU